AUGUUGAAUAAAUUCAAUGGCGCAGUAGGUAAUCGGCACAUUUGUCUUGGGUGGGAUGCAGUAUGUAGUCAACAAGCUACUUAUCGGCAUGGUGGGGCGCCGUCACGACGCCGCAUUUCGGAAUUACCAAGGAGCGCAGCAAUUGCACUACACUCUCCACCGAGAAAGCAGACGUCAUCUCCGCUCCCAGAAGUAAAACAGCAUCGAAUUUACGAGCGAGGACAUAUCUUCUCGAAAUCUUGGAAUCCAGAACGUUACAUUUAUUAUGAGACGUCACCUGACGUCGAUAGCGACGCUUCAGUACCAACACAAAUCGAUGGCGAUGCCACUAAUCCAUAUAAAAAAUUUUAUCACGAGAUGAUGCGUGUAUUUGGAUCAGACCCACGAGUUAACGACCUAACCCAAGAAAGGGUAGCAGUAGGGAUAGGCCAUCGCUCGAACGUUCGUUCUUUUUGCGAGCAGACCAAAAGUUUCGAUGACCAUCGGACUGAACAAAGGCGAUCAACAACUAUGAGUCCACGUUCCAUGAGCGAAGCUGAACAACGCCAGUUGGUUAGGCAGCAAACAGUUUUUCAUCUACAACCGCAGAACGAAAUCAGCAAAGAAUGUAUAAAUUUGUGGGCCGAUCGAAACAUGUUCGAAUUGAACUCAAAUUUGAUGAAUCAUAUUUCGACCGAUCUUUCCACCGAUCAAUCAGCAUCCACAUCAUUCGAAUCCAACACCGAACCGACAGUAAGUGGCAUCAACCAGCGCCGUCAUUCGAGCUUUCUCGAAUUGCCACCUUCAGCCGAUACACGUAGGCAAAAAUACAAGAGUCUUCUUUUGUAUCGUCAGCACUUAUCGAAUGCAAUAAAUCGUCAAGCAAGUUCGUUUGAGAGUGCAUUAUCGAGUGAAUCAAGUGCUGCAGAUUCAUUCACAGUGAACGGUGUUUGUACGACUUCGUUUGAUUCAACUCGUUCUGAACAAACGGAUCAAGAUAAAUCACCUGAAAUGAAAUUCAAUCGGCAGUUGAGUGAUUGUCGCGAGGAUCGAACUUCACUGCAUCUAGCUGGUCGUAAUUAUUUGAGUCGUGUGAAAGCAGGUGACUACGUGCCAUUGGCUCGUCGCGCGAUCGAUCCAAAAAUAACGAUGAAUCUUCAACGGGACUAUAGUGUGGACUCAAAAACAGAUCAUGCUUCUGGAUAUCAAGAUGAAAUAUUCCAAGAUUUCAUGAAAGGUUGUAUUUAA